AUGCCACACAUCUGGGGCGCCGACCACGAUGCGUUCCGCCCGGACCAGUGGCUCACCGGCGCCGGUUGCUCCUUCAUCCCGAAGAGCCUGUACUGGUACCCGGUGUUCCAUGUGGGCCUCGGCGUGUGCCUCGGCAAGAAUCUCGCCGUCAAUGAGAUUAUGGUGGUCGCGGUGGCCGUGGUGAGAGCGCUCGACGUCCAGGUCGUCGGGGACAGUGGCAGCGCCGCCUGCGCGCCUAAGUUCGUACGUGUCGGGGCUGACCUCGUCCAUCAGCGGCAGGCUCCCAGUGAGGAUUAG